UAUUCAUUUCCAUUAUACUCUUUAUUAACCAUAUAAAACGAAACCAAGGAGCUGCACUUCUCUAAAUAUAGAGAAGAAAUCGUGCCUUGUUCAUUCGCUGCUAAUACAAGGAACGAUUAUGAACGAGGACGAAGUAGUCGAAGAGUAUAAACAAUUUCAUUUAGACCGAUUAAAAAGUCUGAGAAAGUUAUCCUACGUCAAGGAAAGUAAACGCUGUUCGCUAAAAGAGUUAAGCACUCCUGUAGUCAUUAGAGAAAAAGGUGAAAAUACAGAACAUGUCUGUAAUGAUGGAAGAUAUUUUUGGGAACGUUUUCGAGAGGCUGAAUUUCAAACAUGUCGUAUUAUUGGUAGAGGAGGAGUUGGAAAAAGUUUUCAUUUGGACAAGUUAUUAAAUUAUUGGUGUUGUGAUGAGAAUCUUUCAAAAGAUUUUUUACCUUUAAAAUUGGUUGUGAAAAAGGUCAGGAGACAAACAGAUCAAAUAGAAGCUUGUAUAAUAGAACAAAACUUUUACCAAGAUUCUAGAGUACAAAGCAGUGAUCUGGCGAAACUUUUAAAUAACGAAGGUAGAAGAAAGAUUAUUCUAUUCGUCGAUGAUUCAGAAGAAAAUAUACUAUUACAUAACAGCACGAUUAAACCAUUGGUUACGAAUCAAUACGCUGAAAAUAAGUUGGUGGUAUGGUCCAGAGAAGAAGCGGGAGAAAAUUGCCCUUCAAUAUAUGAAAUUAUCGGCUUUCAUUGGUCCCACUUGGAAGAAUAUUUUAAUAAAUUUCUUAAACAUGAGCAAAAAAAACCAAACCAACUUAGAUGCAUGAUCUUGAAUGAGAGCGCUGGCAUGAAAUUAUUUAUGGAAGUAACUAGGAGUAGAGAAUUUCGUAAUAUCGCCUAUUUAACACCUUUAAUAGCGCAGCUUUUCGUAAUUCUUUAUCAGAAUAAUAGAGAUAUUAGUCAGAUUGAAAUAGAGUAUGAUCUCUUUUAUGAAAUUGUUAAACUUUUAAAAGACGAUCAUAUUAUUACUGAUAUAUCUGAGAGACAAUUGCAAGAGAUUGCAUAUUGUAGUAUAUUCAAUAAUAAGAUGUAUGUAACAAGUCCAACGGAAAAUAAAUUUCCCCAUCUUAUGGAUAAAAUAUUUGAAAAUAGUGAAAGCGUUACAUGGGGAUUCUGUCAUGCAAAGUUUGAAGAAUAUUUUGCCGCAAACUAUUGCCUACGUCAAGCUAAAGAUGCUAGAACAAAUGACUUGUUAAGAACCCAGGUAAAGGCAAAUCGAAUAAAAAGUGUCUUAAACUUUAUACAGAAGAAGGAUGAAGAAAGAUUAAUUAACAUGUGUCUUAGAGAACCAAAAUAUCUUGACUAUGUAGAUGAAAAUAUCCCAGAUAAAAUACCGUUAAAUAUCGAAGAGCGUAGUCUGAAAAAUUAUUCUCUAUCGAAUUUCGCUCUUCAUGUUUCAUUAUCAAAAGAAGAUAUUAUCACUAAAAUUGAAUUUGAAAAUGUUAAUUUCUCAAUGAAGGAAUUACUUUCGAAAGUAAAAUCUCUUCCAAAUUUAAAAGUAUUGAAAAUACGUGGAGGCCAGAGUGAAUCAACAUUGUUGAAUGAACUAUUAGCAGCAGUUAAAAAUUGUAAAUUAAAUACUUUGGUGAUUGGUGAUAUACCGAUUAAACUUGAAUCAUCUGUUGAAAAAAUCACUUUGAAAUUGAAAACGAUUUCCUUUACAAACUGUAAGUUGGGUUAUAACGAAAUUUUAGAGAUUAGCCGUAUUGUGGAAAGUUCCACACCUAUAAAGAAGCUAAGUUUGGCGCAUAAUAACCUUAGAGGUUACGGAAUCAAGCAAGUAUUGGAGUCACUAAAGAAAACGCUAUGUUUCUCUGAAUUUGCCAUUAAUGAUAUAAAUUUGUCUACUUGCAGUAUCAUAAAUGAAGAUGUGCCUCUCUUAGCCAGGCUUUUAUUCUUUCUACCAGAUCUGCACUAUUUGGAUAUUUCAAACAAUAAGAUUGGAGAUGAUGGAGCGAGAAUGAUGCUAAAUUCGAUUAGUGAUUGUAAUCUAAGUGAACUGAAGCUGCAGAACUGUUCGAUUAGUUUUCUGAAGUUUGAUUUCUCACAUAAGAUUUGCAAAGAGUUAACAUUGAUAGAUAUAUCGAAUAAUGAGCUACUUGACAAAUCAAAUAGACUAGAGAUUUGUGAUCAGUUAUCAAAUUUGAUAAAAUUAUCAAAUCUUAGUAUUGGUAAUUGUGGUUUUGAAAUGGUUGAAAUUAAAGUAAUAUUUACUCAAAAUAAAGGUUUAGGUUCUCAUUCGCUUAAAUCGGCUGAUUUUUCUGGAAUUGAUUUUAGUGGGGAUGAUGGUUCUAACUUUUUAGAGAGAUUUACAAAUUUAAAAAGUCUAAUUCUGGCGAAUUGUAACUUAAAUUCUAUUGAAAGUAUUUUAAGGAGAUUAAGUCAACUGGAAACUUUGGAUAUAAGCUAUAACCCAUUGAAUAUAGAAGAUUUAAAUCCUUCAAAUAUUAAAAAACUAUAUUUCAAUAACUCUUUAAGGAUAAAACAUCAUGACAUGACUCCAAAUCUAAAUCUGAUAAAUCUUCUAAGAGUCAUUGAAUUUUCAAAUAUUUCAAUUGAUAACGAAAGUUUCUUCUCACUAAUCGGAACGAAUGAGGCAAUUGAACAAUUGGAUAUAUCUAAUUGUUUUACGAAUUGUAUUACUUUGGAGGAAAUAAAGAAUUUGUUAACUCAUUUCAAUGGCUUAAAAGUAUUGAAUAUAUCGAGAAAUACAUUGACAAGUGAACAAAUUUCUAAUAUUUUAACAAACAUAUUUCCGCAAUAUGGUACAAAACUCGAAGAAUUGUACAUUUUCCAGACUGGUUUAAGAAAAAAACACUUUAUUCCUCUUGCUAAAUGCAUUCAUAAUCUCAAAUAUCUUCGUAAAUUGAACUCAACGAAUGGUAGGGAUAAUAUGUGUUAUCAAGAGAGUUUUAAAAAAUUUGAAUUUAUUCAACAUAUUAAAGAAAUUGAUGAAGAGAUAUUUAGUUUAUAUAAAUUCAAUAGUAUUUAUAAUUUACUUGAACUAGUUAUCAAUAAUAAAUUCUUGGGUUUACGGAAGAAAAGUGUUUGCUCCAGAUUUUUACCCCACUUUUUAGAAACUAUCAAAGAGAAUAAUAUGGAAAUUUGCUCUCUUUUCAUUCUUGAUAUGCCCAUCAAUACAGAAUGUAUGAAUCUGUUAAGACAGAUAAAGUACUCGGAAGAUUUCCCUCUAACUCUGAAACUAUCGAAUACGUCUUUUGAGGAUAGUAAUGCUGCUGGCUUUUUUAAUAAAUACUUUAAAAAAGCAGUUAAAGUUGAUCUAUCGAGUGUUCAACAGCCAAUAGAACAUUGUGAAGAACAACCAAUGGAAAAUUAUGAAGAUCAGGAAUUUUAUUAUGGUUCUAUAAAGCAACUUUCUAUUGAUCAUAUGAAAUCUGGAACAUUCUUUAUAACGUUCCCGACUUUAAUUGCUCAGAAUAUCAAUUUGACAAGCUUAAUUCUCACUAAUAUUUCCAUCUCGAUGCAAAUAAUUCAAAGUAUGAAACGAUGUAGUAAUUUGGUAAUACUCUCAUUCUUUAUGAGUACGUUUAAAGAUAAUUCGGAAUCACUCUUGGAAGAUGUUCUAAAUAAUAAUCCGAAUUUAAAUCUUAUUGACUUUGGAAAAUCAGACUUAAAACACGAAACACUUUUUCGAAUCUUCAAAAAUUGUAAAUUUAACAAUUUAGAGCAGAUAGGCUUCGGAGAACUACACAUUAACGAAUGUAGUAAUUUUGUUAAUUUUAUAUCUAAUCAUUCAGAACUAAAAGUUCUGGAUUUGGCUAAAUGUAAUAUUGGUAAUCAAACUCUUUAUGAAAUAGCUUCUGAAUUAGUUCGUAAUGAGACAAAAACUUUAAGAAAGCUACUCUUAAAGGGUAAUGAUUUUGACUAUAAUCUAUCAAGUGUCUUUUGUCAACAAGUCUUAGAAAAUCAACACAAAUUGCAUACGUUUUCCAUCAGUUCCAACGACAUUGGAACACGUACCGGAGUGGAAAUUCUAAGAACUUUGAAUGAGAAUUGUCCCAAACUGUAUGCCCUAUGUAUAAAGAAUUGUAACAUGAACUGCGAAGCUGUUGAGAGCCUAAGCGAUAUUAUUGAAAAAAUGACCAAUUUAAAAAUACUUCGUAUUGGAGAAAAUAAAUUUGGUUGUUUAGGUUCAGAAAGAAUUUUAAGGGCCAUUGCAAAAAGAAAGAACAAUAGCUUUUUAGAGUUGAACAUAGAGAAGAUAGGAUUGGUCACGAAUGAUAUAAAUUUGUUGGGGAACACGUUGAGUUGUCAUACAAAUUUUACUAUAUUAGAAAUCGAUAACAAUAAAUUGGGCAACAGUGUUGGCAAGAAGCUCUUUCUUUCAAUAGAAAAACGCUUAAAUAAUCUAAAAAAACUAAGUUUAAGGGAAUGUGGCUUUACUAAUGAGAUAGAGCGUCACAUUUUAAAAGGACUUGAAAAUCUCCAAAAGCUCCAACAAUUCAUAUUCAGUGGUAAUCAAAUAGGAAAGUCUGGAAAAGAAAUCCUCUCUAAACUAAAAAUCUGUUGUCAAAAUAUUGAAUAUAUUGAAAUGGAUGAUUGCAAUUUGCACAAUUCAAUAUGUUCAGACCUAGUAAAAAUAGCAAUCUAUACAAGGAGACUAAUAAGUAUAAGUUUGUUACGUAAUGAAGAUUUAGUUAAUAUACCUAUAAAGAUGUGGCACGACAUAAAGAAAUGUAUGGAUAGGAAGAAAAUUAUCCUAUUAUACUUGAAAAUUGAAGAAAACGAAACUUCUGACGUUAGACAGGAAGUAAUGGCACAAAUGGAACAAGCCAAAAAAUUGAGAAAUGUAUAUAAAAAUUGCAGACUAGAAUAUCCCAUGUUUCACUAACGAGAUAAAUAGUUUUGUCCCUUUCUCCAUAGUUUAGUUCCUUUUGUUGAAGAUCGGUUCUUCUACGAUUACGAACUAUGUAUAUUUACUGUCGGUAACCGUAUCAAACGGUUGCUGUAUUCUAAUGACCAAAGCUAAUAAUUAUCACGUGUGGAUACACGUGAUUACGUAACUACGAGAUUAUGUCUCGUCGUAUGACACAUGAGACUUGAUACUUAUGUAUAUAUAUAUAUAUAUAUGUCUGACCACCACAACAACACCUACUGAUCGCGAUCAGGUUCUCAAACACCUUUAAUGUUAUUUAAUAAACUAGGCUUUGUAAACUAACAUUCUAUACAGUUAUGAAUA